AUGAGUGACAUCACAGCGUCGUCGGUAAACAGUGACAGCAGUGCGGCGUCGUCAUUGUUGUCCAACGGUAACCACGCAAGUGAUCAGCAACUCCACGGUUGGAUUAAGGACAUGGAACGUGUGAAUGACAUGCUGCGCACGAAAUUAACCGGAUGUGUACAUGACAUGCAAUUAGCCAGCAAACAGGUGGAGCACUACGAGGUGGAAGAAGACAAGGACAGGCCAGGGCACGUGAUAAUCAGGCGGCCGCUGUUGAGUGAACGCCUGCUGCGCUAUCAGCCGUGGAACCCCUCCUCUGACGACGACUUCAGUGCGCUGUGCAAGGAGCGGCAGCCAGAGGCGUCGCAAAUGUUCAGCCUCGCUGACGAACUGUACGCCUUCCAUCGUUUCUACUGGUACACUGCAGCUGACCACAUCGAUUUAUUCUACGAAGAUGUUGUCAAGAUUGUAGACGAGGAGUGGCAGCUGGAGGACAGAAGCCACGCUACGCUCUCCGUGGGCACUGACUGCGUGCAGCUGUUGGUGAACGCCCUGGACCACCCCACGUGUCCGCUGGAAGACCUGCCACUGGAAGCCGUGAAGCAGCGCGAGCGGUGCCGCGAGCAGCUGUGGGACGACGUGGUGCAGAGGUCGCCCCACGUACCCGUCACCAGCUACCUGGCCUACACGCAGAGGGCAAACGUCAAGCUCUGUCUGCUGGCCUGGAUGGCUGUCAACUCGUACGGCAUUUGUCAGGACGUCCCGUUCACGCAGCGCCAAGCCAACCCUGGCCCGCUCUGCGUGACGUCACGAGAGCGCGCCGCGGCCUUCUCUUUAGGUGGUGGCGGCCAGAGCCGACACGGGGCGCACUGGGGGCGCUUAGCGGCCCACCCACACAAGCGUCCUGCACCACCGGGACACGCGUAA